GCUCCUCGGAAGGGGAGGCUUGGGCCUUUUCGAUCGCAGGUCGGGGGUAUAUGAUGCGCUGGCAAGUCGGUAAAGAAGGGAUAGGCGGAGGGUCGCUAAGUUGGUUCAGGGGUCAGCGAGUGAGAUAUGGUUAGAUAGAUCCUGAGCUCUCUGGCGAUGAGAACGGUGUGAGAGAGAGAGGGAAGGAGAGGACGCGGCCUCGUAUUUAACAGAUCUAGCGACGGACAUGCAUGAGUAAAUAAUACACCGCCACAGAGACGUGGACUCGAGAAAAGAAAUGUUACACGUCGAAAACUGCCGACUUUCGGGGAUUCUUUUUUCUUUCUUUCUUUUUUCAUUUCUUCCGUGUCUCUCUCCAUACAGUAUGGCAAUCUCCUGACCCCCAGCGUCUCUCUCUCCCUCUUCACACAUGCCCAUAUUACACACGUCGAUACAUGCGCCCGUCGAUAGCCUAAGCGUCCGGCGAGUUGGGAGGGAGGCGAAGGGCGCUGAUUUGCAACCCGGCUUUGCGCUGGCGGCGGGCGAGGCUCGUAUUCUGCUCUCUCCGCCACAGGGCCAAGAAGUUCGGGCGCAUCCAGGAACGGAUCGAUCGGAUGCGUCCAAUGAGGCGGUGUCGCCUCCCCAAGAGAACGGUUCCCUCCCCCCCGAUCCGGCAAUCGAUCGGCGGCGAGCCUCCAGGGAGGGGGAUGGAGCGGACGCCGCCGCUAAAGCGAAUAAGGGGGAAAAGCGACGUCGAGGGGGAGAAACGCCAACACCUACCGGUACGCACACUUCAUCAAUCGCUACGGCUUGCUCUCUGCAAGGGCGCCCCCCCGCGUUGGACGUACAGGCCGUCACACGGGGGCCGACGCGAGUCAGCCGGGGGGCCCUAGGAGACCAGCCGCGCGCGCGACUGGGCCGGGCUAGACCUCGCUCGGCUCGAACGCCGCCCACCGCAUGUGGGCAUGCAUGUUGGCCACCGCGAGUGUACGGAGCCGUCGCACCGCGUCCCAACACUCGUCGGCCCACGGCGGCUCGCUCCCGCGGCAUGCGGGUUUCCUGGGCCUUCUGCUGCUUCCCGCGCGCCGAAUACGUGCCUUCGAGGGAUAAGAUGGAUACUAUGCGUGUAAUGUAGGUAUGCAUGCAGGUAUUAACAAGUAGAAUAUGCACAGGUCGCCGCCUCGCUUUUACUCUGCCAACCCCUUGUUGGUUGGCACUCAAGCUGAACCCAAACCAACCAACAAAACAAACAAACACAAAACGAGAAACCAUGCUCUAAGUCUCUGAUGCCGUACUCCUCCUCGGGCUCUCGAGCGGGCUCACCGUCACGGGGCUCACCGCGCCUCCACCGCCGCCCUCAGUCUCCUCGCUCUCUACUC